AUGUUUACUGGUGUAACAGACAGAUUAGCAAUUGUCUUCUAUGCCGUUACUGAGGCUAAAUAUGUAGGUAGUGAGACUGAGAACUGCACCGCCAAGAUUGAUGUCAAACGAGGCACCAUAGUUCAUGAAGAGCCUGGCAAGUUAGCCACUAUCACGUGUCACGUGACAUUUUGCCGUGAAAAGCCUGUGCUGCAUUGGUACCAACAGGCCAACAAGACAGUGGUAGUGCCUGAUGGAAAGAAGCAUAAAACUGAGUGGACAUCUGGAAACAUUUUUGCUUUGACUUUUUUUUCUAUUCAUAAGGAGGACAGUGGACUGUACUAUUGUGAAGGUAUUGUGGGGAAAAAUAAAAUCCAGGGUCAUGCAAUAGAAGUCAUUGUUCAAGAUCAAAAUAACCAAUCCGAAUCUGGAAAUGCUACAAAUGUUCCAGAAGAUCACUGGACAGCUAAAAAGUACAAGAAAUUGCUUAUUUAUAGCCUGGCAUUCUUGGGAGCACUGGGCCUCCUUUGCUGCUUCUGCCUACUGCAUUUCAUACGGAGGCGUCAAGUGAAAAACAAAAAGGUCCCAUCAACCUCAAAAAGCGAAUUGAAUGUGUUCAGUAGAUAUACAGAUGCUCAGCACUGCAAUGAUGUCUCAGAUAAGCGAUCUGUGCUUCAUCAAGAUGCUGUGCCUUGCUUGCUACAUUUUCCAGAGGGCAGCACUGUUGAUAACAAUGAAAUCAGUUGCUCACAGACCACUAAGACAACACCAAAUUCUGCAUAUGAUGACUGUGUUAUCAGUACCAACCAACUCUUACCUGCAACUCAGGAGACCCUUGUUUAUGCAACACUGAAUCAUGAAGAACAUUUACGGAGAAGUCAGCCCCCUGCAGAAACUGAAUUUAUAGAAUAUGCCGCCAUUGGGCUGAAGAAAUAA